AUGACUAUGAAUACGGAGGCCCGCCAAGUAGAAGGCCUUGGGAAAGAUUUCAAUGCUGUGGAUGUGAUAAACAAGACAUAUGCAAACUCCACCGAAUACGACCUGAACGAUGCAUUAAUAUUCCUGGCAAAGGUGAUAAAUAAAACAAAGAUCAAAAACAAACAGCUUGUAAAGCAACACUUUGGAAAAUUUGUGCAAUGCAGAACAGUUCUAGAAGAAAUCUGGAUAGACAUCAAGCAAAAGGGAUAUGACAAGGAGUUUACUUCUGAUCUCGAAAAUAAUAUCAAAGUGAUUGAGGAGAAGUUCAGAAAAAUGACUUCUGGAAUAUCUGGUGAUAACAGGGGAGAAGUCAGCGAAGGUAGGAGGGAAUACUAUAGGAAAAGGUAUGCCUUACUAUUCAAUAUAAAGUCUGACCUAAAAAGAAAUCUUCAUAAUCUAGAACGAUUUGUUGAUAUAUACAAAGAGGCUAUGAAGAUGUAUGAGGAGUUAAAGAGCUCAGUGUAUGUACAAAAGGUUUGGAAUUCCAUCCAUGAUGAAAGAUGUGAGUUCUUAGAGAUCAUCUAUAAAAAUAUCCAGAGACCUAGAUGCUCCUUCCAUGAGGCACUUUAUUACUUUGAUUUAUAUUUUAAAGUUUGCGAGCAUAAGUCUGAACAUAAGAUUAUGAACACUUUGCUAGUCAACUUCAAGGAAAAUAGUGUGAAAAACUUAGAACUAUCUUACUUAGAUGAGGGGGAAUGUCUAAACGAAAUUACUAGACAUUACCUGAAGAUUAUGGGAAGGGUCAAUGGAAAAAUCCAAAUCCAGGGAACCGACCAUUACUUCCAAUGCAUUGAAAGGAUUCUGUACGCUAAGGAACUGCUUUUUGCUAAGAUUUGGAUAAAGAAAUUACGAGAAAACGUUAAGAUGGUUCAAUUUUCCAGCGAUGCAAGAAUAGUUUAUCUUUCACAUCUUAAAAAUGUAAAAACCAAAGUGAUUGAUGAUGAGUUUGAAAAGAUACCUGCUGUAACAAUCGAUACAUUUGGGGAUGCAAUGAAACAUCUGGAAGACAUUUUCUACUUUUUUGCUGAUAUCAUUUCGAAAGAAGAGAAGGGCUACCUUAAAAACAAGGUCUUGGAAUAUGUGGGUAGGUGCUACGACUCAAUAGAGCUAAAGAAAUUCUCCGACCUUGAAGCUGUAAUAAAAAAUAUCCAUGGAAUAAGGCACCUACUGGGAGUACCAGAAUCUGAAGAUGUUAAGGACCUAUAUAAGAUGAUAAACAAUUAUAUGGAUAACCAUGCCACAAAGGUAAUUGGAAUUGUAAAAGAAAUGAUUGAAAGGAAAGUGCCGGAUGUGCAAAUUCUUAUGGAGAUUGUGAGAAUCAUAGAGGAGAUGCCAAUGGAGCAUUUACGCAUAAUAAAGCGUAUGAGGCCACUGAUAGAAGGACAUCCUGUGAUUAUGUAUUACUUGUCAAACAUACUUUCAACCGGGCCCCCAAGGAUAUCCAAUGACCUCAGAAAAAAAAUAGAUGAGAUUCAAGACCAAUUUGGGUUUUUAUUAGACACUUAA